AUGGAUCAAAAAACAAUGCUGGAGAAGAUCGCUUUCGAUAUGAGUGCCACAUGGUGGCAAAUUCUCGCAUUUUUCGUCAUCACCGCUUUAGUGGCACUCGUUUGGGUGAUUGGAAUGCGACUUUUGGGCAGAUACGUAGUUUGGGUAUCCAUUCUUCUGAUCGUUGCGAUCCUCGGUGCCGGUUCUGGAUACUGUUGGUAUCGUUACAAGAUAUUGUUUGAUGCUGGCGCGAUAACAGACUAUUCAUUUCAGCCUGACAUUGGAGCAUAUUUUGAAAUGCCCACUACAUGGAUGAUUAUUGCUAUUAUCCUUAGUGUGCUUUUUCUCAUUGUGCUUAUCAUAUUGGUGGUUGUACGUGCACGAAUACGACUUGCGGUUGCCCUAAUUGAAGAGUCAUCGAAAGCAAUAGGCUCGAUGAUGUCCGCACUGUUCUUUCCAAUAUUACCGUUUGCUCUUCAUUUGUUGGUAUUUGUCCUGUGGGCGACUGUUACCAUUUGGUUGUCGUCGUCUGGCACAGAGAAUUGCCUGAAGCCACGCCGAGAAGGUGGUAACCUCAGCGAUGGAGUCCCUUGUGACUGUACAAAACUUGGCACUGGAUUGAAUGUUAUUUCCGAUUGCGAAUUUGUGAAUAUGACACGAAAUGAUCAACUCUUAUUUGGGAUGCAAGCGUUCAAUUUGUUCGGCUUCUUUUGGAUAAGCUGUUUCGUAUCUGCGUUAGCCAAUAUGACACUUGCGGGCGCAUUUGCCAGUUACUAUUGGGCUUUCAAUAAACCCAAAGAUGUUCCGGCAUUCCCAAUAACACGCUCGUUAGGAAGAGCAGUCAGAUAUCAUCUUGGAACGAUUGCAUUCGGAUCGUUGAUUCUGGCCAUAGUUAAAUUCUUCCGUGCUAUACUGGAUUAUCUUGACCGGAAACUGAGCAAUGCACAGAAUGCACUAGCAAGGGUGAUUCUAUUAUGCAUGAAGUGCUUCUUUUGGUGUUUGGAGGCAUUCUUGAGGUUUUUAACUCGGAACGCUUAUAUAAUGACUGCUAUAUACGGUAAGAAUUUCUGCACGGCUGCACGUGAUUCCUUCAUGCUGAUCACACAAAAUAUCGUGCGUUACGCAGUGCUGGACAAGGUCACCGAUUUUUUGCUGUUCCUCGGCAAAAUAACCAUAUCGCUAGGAAUGGGUGUUGUGGCGUUUUAUUGGUUCAGUGGACGAUGGGUAAUCGAUGGACUACCGCAUAUAGAUUUGUACUAUUUCUUUGUGCCAAUAAUAAUCGUUGUUAUUGGUGGUUAUUUUAUUGCCGAUUCGUUCUUUGACGUCUACGAAAUGGCUGUCCACACGACAUUUCUUUGCUUUCUUGAUAAUUUCACAUUAUCAAGUGUUCUUUUGACAAAGGUGUUGUUUGGAAUACAACGACUAUCUGUGGAGAGUGAGUCAGUUGAGGAUGCCGAACAAAACAACGGUACUCCGGAUAAGCCCUACUAUAUGUCAAAGGAAUUGCAACGAAUAUUAGGCAAACAAAAUCAGUUCAACGCACAAACGAAGUGA